ACCCGAAAACUGACCAAGAAUAUGGAUUCUGAAAAUACAGGAACUCAAAAUAUAGGACCUAAAAAUCUGGAAAUUGAGACACUUUCAUCAAUUUCUACUGUGGAAGCACUCUCUGAGCUGAUUAAUCCUGAAGAAGAGGAAGAUUUUGACUCUGGACAGUCAAAUUAUUCAUCUUGUAUUGGAGCCAUGGGCCCUGGGAAUAUUGGGCCACCAAAAAACGAAGAGCUCGAAGACAUCCCUCAAACCAGUGAGGAAGAGAGCCGUGACAUCUGGAAUCCAGAAGAUGUUCCAGAAGGAGCAGAGCAUGAUGAUAUGUGGGACGUUAGAGAAAUCCCAGAGUAUGAGAUUGUAUUCCAACAGCAGGUGGGAACUGAGGAUGUAUUCCUGGCAUUUACAAGAAAGGACCCUUCAUCAGCAUGUUGUCAGGAUGUAGUGGUUAAAGUUAAACUGCCAAAUACAAACCCUUCUGAUAUUGACAUUGAUAUCCAGGAAACGUUCCUUGACCUUCGUACUCCUAAUAAGAAGCUGUGGAUAACCUUUCCCCAUCCUGUGGAAUGCAGCAGUGCUCAAGCAUUCUAUACCCACGAGACUGAGACUCUCGAAAUCACUACAACCAUAAAAAGAGAGUAGGGUCAUGUUAAUGUUUUCUUAAACUGCAUGAAUAAGAAGAAAAAGGGAUAAAGUGGCAUUGUUAAUAAUUAAAAAACUUUGAAAAAUUGGUUAAUGUUUUCUAUAUUCUCUUUAUUAUUCUGACAUAUUUUGGAAAGGGCAAAAAUUCAAUUCUAGUGAUAUUCUCAUCAUUUAUAGUCAUUUCUAUUACUUUGUUAGGAAAUAUUGUUUUCUGAUACAUAAUGAGCUAUUGCAUUUUUAUAAUGAUAGCCGAACAGAAUAUUUACAGGUUAACCAGUUAGAUUAGUACAUGAUUGAUUACAUAACUGAAAUAUGAGCAUGAAAUGGUUGGUCCACUUAUUUCAGUAGUCUGAAGAACUUAAGCUAAUUAAUUACACUAUUAUGCAAUCAGUUGCAUAGCAGUUGGUCAUUAUUAUCACCAGAAAAGUUCAUUUGGUUGCCUUUUUAUUGAUUUAUCAAAUGAUUUAAAAUGUUCUCUGUUUAGGUUCUCACUAUUGUUCUGGAAUAUACAGGUAACAAAGGAUUAUAGCUUCAUGCACCAUACUAGCCACAUGUUUACUUGAAUAAGAAAUACUUUUGAGCACACAGUAUUAUUUGGCUUCUUCAGUCAUGCUUUCAA